AUGUCUGCAAUCUUUAUUCCGGGAGUAGACAACUGGGAAGCAGACUUCCUCAGCAAACACCAUAUCUAUCCAGGAGAGAGGGGCCUCCACCUUGAGGUGUUCGAUGAGGUAACCUAUUUGGUGGCGGUACCUCACAUAGACAUGAUGGCCUCCCAUCUCAACAAGAAGCUGUGGAGUUUUGCACAGAAAUCAGCUCUUGUUAUACAUCAGAGAAGUCACACAGGUGAGAAGCCAUAUUCCUGUUCUGAGUGUGGGAAAUGUUUUGCACAUAGCUCACAUUUUGUUAUUCAUCAGCAUGCUCACACAGGUGAGAUGCCAUUUUCCUGUUCUGAGUGUGGGAAAUGUUUUCCACGGAAAUCACAUCUUGUUAAUCAUCAGAGAAGUCACACAGGUGAGAAGCCAUAUUCCUGUUCUGAGUGUGGGAAAUGUUUUGCACUGAAAUCAAAUCUUGUCACACAUCAGAGAAGUCACACAGGUGAGAAGCCAUAUUCCUGUUCUGAGUGUGGGAAAUGUUUUGCACAGAAAUCAAAUCUUGUCACACAUCAGAGUAGUCACACAGGUGAGAAGACAUAUUCCUGUUUUGAGUGUAGGAAAUGUUUCACACAGAAAUCAGCUCUUGUUAUACAUCAGAGAAGUCACACAGGUGAGAAGCCAUUUUCCUGUUCUGAGUGUGGGAAAUGUUUUGUACGGAAAUUAAAUCUUGUUUUACAUCAGAGAAGUCACGCAGGUGAGAAGCCAUUUUCCUGUUCUGAGUGUGGGAAAUGUUUUGUACGGAAAUCAAAUCUUGUUUUACAUCAGAGAAGUCACACAGGUGAGAAGCCAUUUUACUGUUCUGAGUGUGGGAAAUGUUUUGCACAGAAAUCACAUCUUGUUUUACAUCAGAGAAGUCACACAGGUGAGAAGCCAUUUUCCUGUUCUGAGUGUGGGAAAUGUUUUGUACGGAAAUCAGAUCUUGUUUUACAUCAGAGAAGUCACACAGGUGAGAAGCCAUUUUCCUGUUCUGAGUGUGGGAAAUGUUUUGUACGGAAAUCAGAUCUUGUUUUACAUCAGAGAAGUCACACAGGUGAGAAGCCAUUUUCCUGUUCUGAGUGUGGGAAAUGUUUUGUACGGAAAUCAGAUCUUGUCACACAUCAGAGAAGUCACACAGGUGAGAAGCCAUAUUCCUGUUUUGAGUGUAGGAAAUGUUUCACACAGAAAUUAGCUCUUGUUAUACAUCAGAGAAGUCACACAGGUGAGAAGCCAUUUUCCUGUUCUGAGUGUGGGAAAUGUUUUGUACGGAAAUCAGAUCUUGUUUUACAUCGGAGAAGUCACACAGGUGAGAAGCCAUUUUCCUGUUCUGAGUGUGGGAAAUGUUUUGUACGGAAAUCAGAUCUUGUCACACAUCAGAGAAGUCACACAGGUGAGAAGCCAUUUUCAUGCUGUGAGAGAAAUAAAUCCGCUCUUGUUGAACAUAUUAGACAUUACCCAAGUACGGAACCAUUUCCAUCUUCUGGAGUAUAAUUAUCACUGUCGUCCAAUGUUCCUCAAGGGUGAAUCCUAUCUCUUAUGCUUUAUAAAAUAUACAUGCUACCACUGGGUGAGAUAAUCAGACGUCAUGGCCUGGUCUACCACUGCUAUGCUGAUUACCUGCUUUUUGCUCCAUGUACUGAGAACCAAAUACCAAUCCUAGCUGAGC